UUGUUUAUUCUCUUAUCAAAUAAAUAAAUAUAAUCGUUUCAAAUAUUUCGCGAAUCUGUGGAAACGAUUAUUACUAUUUAUUAUCAGGAUUUACCGAUUGAGUCAGAGCUGUGGACCGUAGUAGCGAAGUUAGUAGCGCAGCGGACAACACCGCGAACCGUCGUCUCCAAGCGUGCUAUUGAUUACGUCAUACAAGUUCUGUGUUUGUGAUGUGGACACCGAACGAUGGAAACAACAUCGAGGAACGAGGACGUGUGAACAAUGGCUCGGAUUUGGUCGUCAUGGACGAGAGGGCGAUCGCGGCUGCGAUGCCUGUACCUAAUGUCGCGACCCUCAACGUCACCAAGUCUUCCAAAGUUCACAUCGGCCCUAAGUUCGUCUCCGUCACCCAGAAUGUCCAGAACGCGGAGAUGGUUAAAGGCCACUUUCUGGGCCUCGAAUUGGUGUCAUCGAAACAAGCCCGCAGAUUGAGAUGCAGUGUGGCUGUCUUCGUAUGUUGGGCCUUAAUUGUUGCUACUGGCCUAAUCAUCUAUCUCAUUUACGUUGCCCUGCCUAGCCAACAGACGCGGCUAGACAUAGGUUUGAACGAGUCUUGGUAUCUCCGUCGUGACGAUUGGCAGGCGAUGCCGGCGUACGGCGCCGAUUUUCUCCAAUUACCACUCACAAACGUCAUCAUAGGACAUUCAGCUGCAAAUUACUGUAACCAAAGGUAUCGAUGCAUAGAACAAAUGCUAGAAAUUCAGCAGAAUCAUUUAAGACGAGGCUAUUAUGAUAUCGGGCCGAACUUCCUCGUCGCUGGCAACGGAUACGUCUUCGAAGGAAGAGGCGCAAAUGUUUUUGGAGCGAUGGUCACGUCUUUUAAUAGAAUAAGUAUAUCAAUUAUGUUCGUAGGGAAUUAUGUGACAGACGUGCCCGAUCUCGCCCAAUUUAAUCACACCAAUAUCUUACUCGAGACUUUGGUAAGAGAUGGUGUCCUCCGGCCAAAUUACACACUUUAUGGACAGUGUCAAGUUAAUCCACAAACGGUCAGCCCUGGACCUUUAGUAAUGAAAAAUCUGCACCAUUUUUCUCAUUGGGAUCCAGUGAAUACGAGCGGCUGUCUAAGAUGACGACGUUACGGACCCACAAUAUACACCUGUGAGUUUUAAAAGUGAUAGCAUCUCAUGACCAAUAUUUAUUGAAGACGUUUAAUAAUUAUUGAAAAGUUUUGCGUUUAGUGUCGCAGAGACCUAAAAGUUUGUGUCGGAAUUCGGUAUUCAAGGUCACGUCGGACCGAAGACUAUGUUUUAUUUUUUAUCAUUUGUAUGUGUUUGUUAGUCAUGAGAGAUAAAUGAUGAAAGGCUAUAUCUCAAAAACUAUUAAUGUUAUUAUGGCUUGUGACAAGCAACAUAAGGAUAUUAAUAUAAAAGAAUCAGUUGUAUGAUUCCAAUUAUUUAUAAGUAAAUAUAUAUUUUAAAAAAACUUGUUUAAUAUAAAAUUUUGUAAUAAUUAAUACAUCAUAAGACUGAAUUGAAGUCUCGACAUUUUGUUUAAAAUUAACCGAAUUAUGAUUUUUAUCAGUAAUCUUUAUACCCAGAAGAAAUUUUAAAUUUUUCUGUAUGUGCUAAUUCUUAAUUUGAAACUUAAAUAAAUCUGUAAUACGCAUAUGUAUUGUGAACUCGUUGAGAUUUUAAAGUGACUGUCCUUUCCGUAGUUCUUGUGAAUUAUAAUAUUUUAUAAAUACUUAAACAUUUUAUUUAUUUUUAUAAAUAAUCUCAUUACCAUAGCGCAAUGAACAGUCCAAAUAUAUUCUUCUAAUAAACAUAUUAUAUAUUUAAUAUUAUUAUGUUUUUCCGUUAAACAUAAAAACCCCGAGAGAGCCGAGUCGAAUUCUAAACAAAGUUUGCGAUUAAAAUGCAAAUUAAUUUAGUGUUUAUGAUUCAUGUUGUGCUAGGCGAUUAAGGAUAACGUCGCAAGGGACCAUUUCCAUUGAAACGGUUUAGAGGAACAAUCUCCAAACGUUCUUCUUAAAAUGAGAGCCUUAGCCCAGCAUUGGGAAGUUUACAGGCUGUAUUGUACAUAUUUUACAAAAACAAACAGUGGGUACUCUGUUUGUGUAAGGUCAUGAAUGAGAGCUGAAACGCCAAAUAACCAAUAGUACUUUUAGGAAAUCGAAAAUAUAA